AUAAAUGAGGAUUGUAGUGAGACAUUUCUUUGAAAUACACGAUCUGUCUCUUAUCCUGUGUCUUAGCCCGUGUGUUGUGUGUGAAGGACGUCGCUCGCGUUAAAGUUUAACCGGAGAAGUCAGGCUAUAAAUCUACUCUCAUCUCGAGGCGGCAGCAUCCCCGCUGGAGGACGGAGGUAAGAGGAGCGGCUCCUUCCCCGAACCGAGCCGCUUUCCCCUCUCCCGCGAAUGAGGCGGUGCGUUCAAGCCGCCGAGCUACCCGCGCGAGGAAGAGGUUCCCAGCUUUCAGAACCGCCUCGGUCCACGGUGGAGCGACAGGAAGCGCGCACGAGGAUAGCAGAAAAGUGAUGAGUCAGAAUUUUCGGCACAUUUAGGACAUCACAUAAGGAGCGGAAUUCAGGUUUUAUUUUGAAAGGACUCCGAUGACAGCGCUCAGCUACAAACCAUUGAGCUGACUACAGCUCUGCUCUUGGUGCAACCUUGGAAAAACUGAAGGAAUGUGGAAAUACCAGUGAGGGAUGAGCACACCGAACGAGAAGUAGGAACUGAUCACGCCAGAGAUACAACCGCCCGUUGACUCAGUGAGUCUGCAUGGAGGCGGAGGAGGCCGGUGCUGGUGAGGAUGCCGGCUCGCAGCGCAUGUGCAGGAUCGAGCGUCCGCUGUACGACGAAGCGUUCCUCAGGACACAGCUUCUCCACCGCAGAGAAAACACCACCACCUUCAGGCAGAGGCUAGCAGAAAAGUUCAGGUGUACGUCCAGUAAGGCCAAGGCAGUUGCUCUGACUUUCCUGCCUUUUCUGACAUGGCUUCCCUCGUAUCCAGUCAAGCAAUACCUGUUUUCAGAUGUGGUGUCGGGCCUGAGCACAGCUGUGGUUCAGCUCCCACAAGGACUAGCAUACGCUAUGCUGGCUGCCGUGCCUCCGGUUUAUGGCCUGUAUUCCUCGUUCUACCCCGUCGUGCUGUACGCCUUCUUCGGCACGUCCAGACACGUAUCUGUAGGCACUUUUGCGGUCAUCAGUUUGAUGAUUGGGGGCGUUGCAGUGAGGGAAGCCCCUGACACCAUGUUCUUCGUCCCCUCUACCAACUCUUCAAACAAUUCCUCUGAAUUCGAUCUGGUAGCUUGUGAGAACAGGAGGGUGCAGGUGGCCGUGGUGCUCACCACUCUGGUGGGAAUCAUCCAGUUCGUCUUCGGACUUCUCAGGUUCGGUUUUGUGGCGAUCUAUCUCACGGAGCCUCUGGUGCGAGGCUUCACCACAGCAGCGGCUGUGCAUGUCGUCGUCUCCCAGCUGAAGUAUCUGCUCGGAGUGAAAACAAAGCGCUUCUCUGGACCCCUCUCUGUCAUUUUUAGUGUGGGCGCAGUUUUUCAAGAAAUCACAGCGACUAACAUUCCCAGUCUGCUUCUGGGCCUCGUGUGCAUCGUGUUCCUGUACGUGGUCAAAGUUCUCAAUGAGCGCUACAAGAAAAAGCUGCCCGUUCCCAUUCCUGGAGAGAUUAUUGUUGUGAUUGUCUCAACUGGAGUCUCGUAUGGCAUGUCCUUAAACAAACACUACCAGGUGGACGUGGUGAAUACCAUACCUACAGGGCUUCGCCCCCCUGCCAUCCCAGACUUCUCUCUGUUACCCAGCAUGAUUCCAGACGCUUUUGCUGUGGCAAUUGUAGGAUUUUCCAUGGACAUCUCACUCGCCAAGAUCUUUGCCCUGAAGCAUGGCUACAGCGUGGAUGGAAACCAGGAGCUGAUCGCCCUCGGCCUGUCCAACUUCUUCGGUUCCUUCUUUCAAACUUUUGCCGUCACCUCCUCCAUGUCGAGGAGUCUGGUGCAGGAAAGUACAGGAGGGAAAACUCAGAUUUCAGGGCUGGUGGCGUCCAUCAUAGUGCUGCUGGUGAUCGUGGCCAUCGGCUUCGUCUUUGAGCCCCUCCCUCAGACUGUGCUGGCAGCCAUCAUCAUGGUCAACCUGCUGGGGAUGUUCAGGCAGUUCAGAGACAUCCCUACGCUGUGGAGGACCAGCAAGAUUGAACUGGUCAUCUGGUUGGCGACGUUUGUGGCUUCCGUGCUGUUGGGUCUGGAUUACGGCCUGCUGGCAGCCAUCGCCUUGGCUCUGCUCACAGUCAUCUACAGGACGCAGAGCCCCAAGACCUCCAUUCUGGGCCAUGUUCCCAACACUGGGCUGUACUAUGACGUGGAUGAAUAUGAGGAGGCAUCAGAAUAUGAAGGGAUCAAGAUUUUCUCUUCCAACUCCUCCAUCUACUUCGCUAACAGUGACCUGUAUAUGAACACGCUAAUGGAGAAGACUGGAGUUAAUCCCGAGAAGUUAAAAGCGGCCCAGAAGGCCAGAAAAAAGCAGAAGGAAAAGACGAAGAAGAAAGAGAGCUCGCCACUCACAGUCGCUGCUACCUACAAGGACGAGGCUGUGAUCCACGAGGUCCUGCCUCAGAGCGACGAGGCGGGGGAGGGGCUUAACGGCCAGCUGGAAGACAAGCACAACAGCGAGACGACCUCGGAGGUGGCGGUCUUCCUGGAGCCGCUCAGCGACGUCCACUCCAUCAUCCUGGACUGGACCACCACCAGCUUCAUAGACUCUGUGGGAGCUAAAGCCAUCAAACAGAUCAUCAGGGAGUAUGCAGCCGUGGAUGUUCGGGUGGUUAUCGCCAGCUGUAACAGAAGCACACUGGCCGACCUGGACAGGCUGCAGUUCUUCUCAGAGAAUUUGACCCCUCACCUGUUCUUCCCCACCAUCCACGAUGCAGUUCUGCACUGCCAACAUGCUAAUUCCAGCCCAGCUGGUGCAGCAAACGAACACACCUAAGAGCAGACGACCCCCCCACACCAACUCAUUCAUCUCAACCUGGAGCGGAGAAGCUCCACCAUGUUCAUAUUGAACAUCAUGAAGCUGCUUCUUCUAAAGACGGCACCCUCAGAAUGGAAUACGAGGACCAGCGUGGUACUAGACUUGGAUCUCCGGGUUCUGUGACCUAAAAGCCCUUUUGAUAAAGCCAUUCCUGGUGGAAAUGUUUGGAGCUGAAUGUAUCUGUUUAUUGUUACGAUCAAUCAUGUUUUCAUGGAGAUUCUAUGCAGUUACGUCUUUAGGCUGGACAAUCAAAACAGCCCUGUUGGUUACAUUUUUGAAGUGAAACGUUAUUUUUGUCUGGAAAAAUGUUAAAUGCUGCUGGAAAACACACGAUGCCUUUUGAGUCAACAUGUUAUUGAGGAACUCUUGAGAUUUAAAUGUGGAAUAAACUUUAUUUUUAGGUGACAA